UGUUGACGCGCGGGCAACCGAAUUUGUUGUCACCCGAAAAGACGGGGCGGCGUGUUUGCGUGCUGCGGUGGGCUAAAUCGAGCUGUCCGAAAUCGCGUCCGGACUUGUAGGAAUAAAGCUACUCAGCUCGCACGAGGGUGCUAUUUCAGAGUCAGGGUUUUAACGUCCCCAGCGCGCUGUCUUGGCGCUCAUCUCAAGCCCGCCUCCGCGUCUGUUUGGGUUUUCUGCCUCAGCCCAGGGUGUCAGGGAGGGCUCAGCUAGUACGGCUCCCAUACCGUCUUCUUGUCUCUUGGCACAGUUCCUUUCAGAUUUAUUGCCUUGGUGCAUUAACAGACUCGGCGAGACUAAUAGGUAAAUAAGACAUUCCUGUCGUGUUUAGACCUGGGUUGCACGUCAAAAUUGAAAUUUACAGCUUUGUGGAUACGUUGUCUAGAUUUUUUUUUUAAGUUAAGGACUUCUUCACAAUCAUUUUUGGAAUUCCAAUAUUCCUCAUCAAAUCCACUUCCACCCUUCCUUUUUCUUUAAAGAGGCGAAACUGUAUCUUCAAAUCUGUGAACCCAGAAGAAAAUCCCUCUGUUACGAGAUCCACGGGACUUGUUUUGUGACUAGCCAUAUGAAAAACUUUGACUUUAGCCAGGAAAGGGGAAGAAUGGUUAAAAUGCCAGCGAGGAGACUUCGAGAGGUGGUUUCCCCAAAGCAAGGGGCUAACUUGGCUGUCCUGGAAAAUGAGCUUCCCCGUGUUCCUCCAGCAUUGUCUGCAAAUAAACGUCUUGCUCUUGGAAUGAGGACUAGCUCAAAUGGAACGUUAAAUGGCUCAUUGGAUUUAACUUCUUCCAGAAAACAUUCCCAGCUUCUGUCAGGAAAUCCCACUUUAUCCAGUAAAAGUGACUUUCUUAAAGACGCUGUAGUUCCAAGGCUGCCUUUGAAUAAAACAGAAGCAAACAGCACAGGAAAAGCCAAUGACAUCUUUAUUUCGCAGUACGCCAUGGGACAGAAAGAUGCUUUGAGAACUGUUCUAAAGCAAAAAGCUCAGAGCAUGGCUGUUUUUAAAGAGGUGAAAGUGCAUCUUUUAGAAGACUUGAAUACAGGAAAGAAUACUGUUGCUCAGGAGACUGAAGUUUCGCCCAGUAGGAUUGAUUCUGCUACAACUGUGGCUGCCGCAACAGCUGCUGCCAUUGCCACAGCAGCUCCUUUGAUAAAGGUACAGAGUGAUUUGGAAGCAAAGGUUAAUUCUGUUGCAGAAUUACUUAAUAAGUUACAGGAGACUGAUAAACAGUUACAGCGUGUGGCAGAGCACCAAACAAGCAUUCAGAAUAAGCAAGAGAAAUUACAUUGUCAUGAUCAUGAGAAGCAACUGAAUGUGUUUAUGGAGCAGCACAUCAGACACCUUGAAAAAUUACAGCAACAACAAAUAGAUAUUCAGACCCAGUUUAUUGGAGCCGCACUCAAGGCUAACAGCCAGCUUGUCGGCACGCCCCCUCCCAAAGCAGUGGAAAAGCACUCUGGGAAACCAGGCCAGCCUCAGCCUGGGAGCAGUGCAUCUUCACAGAACACAUUUGUCUCCAAACAAGUGCCUUUAAAAGAAGUCGAAGAUACAGAUUUUGAUGGACAGAAGUCUCCUUUAGAGACACCAGCACCUCGUAGGUUUGCUCCUGUGCCUGUUUCAAGAGAUGGAAAAAUAUCAAAGAGGGAAAACCCUGUAGAAGAAAAAGAAAAUAUGGAAAUGUCAAGUCCUAAAGGAAAUGUAAGAUUGUUGGAACAAAUAUUGAAUAGUAAUGAUUCUUUGACAAGAAAAAGUGAAUCAUCAGACAUAACCUCACUAACUAGGUCAAAAAUGGGAUGGAAUUCUGAGAAAGGAGACAGCAUUGAAACUCUACAUUCACAGAGAUGUCCUUCCCUGGAAGAGCUAGGAACAGCUAAAGUAACUAUGAGAAAGGAUGAUGAUGAUGUUCAUGAUCUUGGCCAGAGGAAGAAACAAACAAAUGAUAUGCUCCAGGUAAAACAGUCUCCACUUAUCUUGAGGUUUUCAGAUCUUCCACAGAAUUCUGCUAAGCUUCAGACAACCGGUACCAGAUCUGUCUUGAAAGAUGCUGAGAAGAUUUUGAAAGGAGUACAGAACAAUAAGAAAGUGCUAGAAGAAAACCUGGAAGCUAUUAUCCGCGCAAAGGAUGGAGCUGCUGUGUAUUCCUUUAUCAAUGCUUUCUCUUCCAAUAGAGAGAUGUCAGAGAAAAUUAGGAUCAGAAAGAAAGUAGAUGACUGGAUUAAAAUCAUUUCAGCAGAAAUCCAGGAUGAACUUACGAGAAAAGAUUAUGAGCAAAAGAGAUUUGAUCCAAAGAAUCAACGGAACAAGCAAGCUCUGAAUAUGAGUAGAGACAUUAAAGCCAACACCCGAGACAAACCAGGACUCGUGAAGUCAGCCACGGUUUUACAAGAUGAGGAUUAUAUGUUACAAAUAUAUGGAAAGCCGGUUUAUCAGGGCCAUCGCAGCACGCUUAAAAAGGGACCAUAUCUCAGAUUCAGUUCUCCAUCUCCUAAGGCCAAACCCCAGAGACCAAGAGUAAUAGAGCUAGUAAAAGGCACUAAAGUCAAGUCGGCAAGAACACAGACUGACUUUUAUGCAACAAAACCUAUGAAAAUGGAUUCUAAACUGCAACAUCCCAUCACCGCACUACCUCAUGGUAACCAGCAAUAUCUGUUCAGCCCCAGCAGAGAAAUGCCUACUGUUUCAGGGACCCUGGAAGGUCAUCUAAUCCCAAUGGCGAUUCUUUUAGGACAAACCCAAAGUAAUAGUGAUUCCGCACCACCUGCUGGAGUAAUGGUAAACAAGCCACAUCCUGUAACUGUGACUACUUCCAUUCCUCCCUCAUCUCGAAAACUAGAAGCCGGAGUCAAGAAACCUAACAUAGCUGUUGUAGAAAUGAAAUCAGAGAAGAAGGAUCCCCCUCAGCUCUCUGUACAGAUACUGCCUAGUGUGGACAUUGAUAGCAUUUCAUACAGCAGCGAUGACAGGCUUUCCCCUCCGCCAAGUCCCAAAGAAGCCUCUCUUCCGCCAUUGCACACCUGGAUCCAGACUCCAGAAUUUAUGAAGGUGGAUGAAGAAGAAGCAAAGCUUCCAGGAACUAACUUUGAUGAAGUAAUUGAUGUUAUUCAGGAAGAGGAGCAGCGUGAUGAAGUUCCCGAUUGCUCUGCCCCGGUGCUGGAGUUUAACAGAAGCGUUAAGGUCGUUCCUACAGAAUACAGCGGUCCUUCAUUUCCUCCGGUGGUCUCUACUUUUCAUCCCACUACUGAUAUUUUGGAUAAAGUAAUUGAGAGGAAAGAAACAUUGGAAAAUAAUUUAAUUCAGUGGGUAGAACAAGAAAUAAUGUCAAGAAUUAUCUCCGGGCUCUUUCCGCUGCAGCAGCAAGCCAGACUCGAUGCCAGUGUUUCAGUUAGUGAGGCAAGCGAGCCAUCAGCUUCUGACAUUGUUGUAGGAACAAACAGUGGAGCACUCCAGCUUUUCGUUGAUGCUGGGGUUCCUGUGAAUUCAGACGUAAUCAGCCAUUUUGUGAAUGAAGCACUUGCUGAGACCAUUGCUGUCGUGUUAGGUGACAGAGAGGCAAAGAAGCAAAGGCCUGUUGCCGCAAGUGUUUCUGGUGAUCGUUCAACAGAUGAAACUAACCUGCCGGUAAGAGUUUGUGCUCCAGUAGCUACACCGCAGCCUACUCCUCCCUGCUCACCACCGCCUCCUCAGGAGCCCGUGUCAGUAAAAACUCCAGAUUCUUCUCCCUGUGACUCAGAUCAGGAUGUGGCUUCCCCUCUUAAAGAGAUAGGUGCUGAAAAAGGAAGUGAUGUACCUGCCAUCACACUUGUUAGUACCCCAGUGGUUACCCCGGUUACCACACCUCCCCCAGCAGCAGCGCUUACCCCAACUUUGUCUGAAAUUUCCAUUGACAAGUUGAAGUUAUCAAGCCCUGAACUUCCCAAGCCAUGGGGCAGUGGAGACCUGCCGCUGGACGAAGAGAAUCCCAACUCUGCUGAGGAACUUGUGCACCCGAGAGCUAUUGUAAUGUCUGUGGCCAAAGAUGAAGAACCUGGGAGCGUCGACUUCCCUGCUCAGCCUGCACCACUAGAGCCGGCUCCCUUAACCCCACUUCCUGAGGGCACCAAGGCCCCUUCUCCUCGGCAGAUACCGAGUUCUGGCUCAUCAACACUGGAGAACUCUUUGAGCAUUACUGCCACUGAAACAGAAACUCUGGACAGGCAUAUCUCUGAAGGGGAGAUCUUACUUAGCUGUGGACAGAACUUGGCUAACAAGACCCUAGGAAAUGGGGACUUGUACCUGAUGAACGUGAACGACAGCCUAUCCAGCACUCUGCACGAUGCCCUUGACAUGGAAGACGACCCUCCCAGCGAAGGACAGGUGAUUAGGAGGCCCCAUAAAAGGCUUCAUCCAAAUGCGAUUCUUUCUCUUUUUACUAAGCAAGAACAGGAGUUACUACUUUCACAGCAAGCAGAGGACUUGGAUGACAGUGUGGGCGAGCUUAGUGAGGGACAAAGGCUCGUGUUGACAGCCGCGGAGGACAUCUUAGCAGGAGCAUCUGCUUGUGUGCUGCAGCCCACUCCAACUGCAGAGCCUUUUGAUCCGCGAGCAGACCCUGGGAUGUUACUGCAGCCUGACAUGGCCGCAGGUAAUGUUUGUGAAGAUUCACAUGCCAGUCAUGGUCCAAUGAAUUUAAGGGACUUGGAGUUGCAGCCCUGUCCUAGCUUUGUUCUUCCCGGAACUCACACAACAGCAAAAGGCAGUGAUGCCGAUUCAGGAGCAGCUGAAGACUUUUCUCAGUAUCAGCACAAGCAAGACACAGACAGUAAACAAGUGGAACACAAGCCAGUACAAAGACAUCUAACCGGUGUGAGAAAUAAACCAGACAGUUCACUUUCACAGCGGCAAGGUGGUAAGACAGUCCCGCUCUUCACUGCACACACGUCACCUGCCAAGAUGUCUGUGACUCUGCCCUCUGCGAACCUUGACGAUUGCUCUCAGUCCCCGAGCACCAGCACCAUACAGGGCAAUGAGGAGUCCUCGGGGACAGAUACCUUCUGAGCAGGAGGGACCAGCACAGCGUUGAUGAACACACGUCACUUUGCUUCAGAUCAUUCACCUAGACUCUUGGUUUGCCUUUGAGCAUAUUUUUUUGGAGAAAAACAUUGCUAAUAUUUUAUUAAAAUGAAAGUGUUUUUUAAAUAUUUGGUAAGGCUUUUGAAUAAAGUAAAUGUAAUUUACUGAGUCUGGCUACAGUUUGUUUUUUAGAAGCCAGGGGUAACAUGGAACAGUGAAGAGCAUGGCUUUUGACUCUGAGAAUUUAUCUUAUAGGUGUGAUUGUCUGUGAACUUACAAAGUCCAAGGUCAUCCAUCCUAAAUGCUAUUUUUAUAGCAUUUCAUGGUAAUCUGAUGUCUGUCCACCAGGACCUAGAUGAAGUAAUGACACAUUUGUUUAUUGUGCAAUGUAGUUCUAAAAAGAAUUUUCAGAUGUGUGUAUAUUGAUAUGGAAUUCCUCUCAAAAGGAGAAACCUGCGUUUUUCUAAUUUUUGAGUAAAAAUAGUCUUUAACUUAUGGUUCUUAUGAUGUACUUAGGCAUCUCUAUAAAAAAUGAUGUCUGUCCACCACAACUGUGUUGUAAGUAGUUCUGUCCAGGUUUACUCCUAUGCAUUCCUCUGCCAACCACCUCAGAUCUUUCUGGAAUAAGGAAACUACUCAUUUUUCUCCAGGGGAAGUGACUGAUGGCUAAGAAGUAGGAGUCAAGGAUGACCAUAGUUAAGUGAAGCUAAUUCUGUGUGUACCUUACGUCUGCUCUGUGCACCUGUAUACCUUUCAAACUUGGUUACUACUGUGCUAACAGUUAUCUUUCAAAACAUCGGUGCACAACUAAAAGAGAGUGAAAAGGUGCCGGACGGUUGUUGCAUGCACCUUUAAUCACAGCACUCGGGAGGCAGAGGCAGAUCUGUGUGAGUUCAAGGUCAGCCUGGUCUGCAAGAGCUAGUUCCAGAACAGGCUCCAAAGCUGCAUAGAAAAAGCAGAAAGACACAGGUUUGUAAUUAGGUUUAAUUUUUGUUCCCAUACCUGCUGGUUCUGUGAUAGGUAAAUGAGCCUGUUCUUAUCAAUUGCCUUGAGUUAAUGCAUUUAAUAAUUAUUUUUGAAGAAUAAAUGAUUUGUGAUAAUGCAUUUGUUGGGGUGGUAAGUAUUGGGGCUUGUGAUGUGGGAUUCCCCUCUGUACGCUGUGA